AUGUCGAAACGCGCGGCUCCCGAUGACUAUCACUAUCAGACGCCGCACAAGAAGCGGAACAUUACAUCAUCUCAGACCAACGCGCCGACACUUCCCAAUACGCCGGUCCUCCCCAACCCGCUCCCACCGCUGCCAAAAGUGGCCCCACACCUUGCCGCAGCGCCAUUCAUCCACAAGUCAUGUGCCAAGUACUCUCAAUCCAGUGCCGUUCAAGACCUAAGCUAUGAACGCCUCGAAUUCGUUGGAGAUGCAUACAUUGAGCUCUUCGCUUCAACCCUCAUCUUCGAUCGUUACCCCCAUCUUAAUGCUGGCAGAAUGUCACAGCUGCGCGAGUCGCUGGUCAAGAACGAGACACUAGCAGAGUACUCACGUGCCUACGGCUUCGACACGCGGAUCGAGGUGGAUUCGUUCCGGCACAUGGAGGCUGCUGCUACCUCGUCCAAGGGAAACAAAGGCUUGAACAAGGUCUUUGCUGACGUGUUCGAGGCUUAUCUCGCCGCGGUGGUGCUCAGCGACAAGGAGAAUGGUUACACAGCUGCGGAGAAGUGGGCAGUGUCUCUGUGGGCGCCACGAGUGGCGGCGUGGGAGAAGGACAACGCAAACCUUCUCAAUGCAACUCCCGCCAACAAGGUCGAGGUUGAUCCUCGCACUGUUUACAAUCCGGAAGCCAAGCAGGAACUCAACAAGCGUCUCACAUGGUCAGGCAAGGAGGUCCGUAUCACGUACGAGCCGUGGCGGGAUAUGAUAGAGCUCAAGGGCGAUAAGAUCGGCCAGUGUCAACAUUUCAUAGCCGUCUAUCUGACUGGCUAUGGUGUCGAGAAGAAGUUGCUGGGUAAGGGAGAGGGCAAGAGCAGAGCAGAGGCUGGCCAGUGGGCUGCGAUUGAUGCUAUGCAUGGCGAGAUGAAAGCCUUCGUCGCCGAAUGUGCGCAGAAGUGCGCUGAAAUAAAGGAGAAGCGCAGGCUGGAGAUGGAGAGAAAGCAGGAGGCCGAGGUCAAAGGAGAAGCUUGA